AAAUCACAUUCUCUCUAGUAUUUCAAACAUGUUUGUCGUAAGUGCAUUUCUAGUCGGAAUUGUGGUACUACUUUUAUUACGUAAAAGGGUCACCUUGUGGUACUACAGUGCAAAAUUGCCAGGCCCUUUUGGCCUCCCUUUUCUCGGAAGUCUCCACUUGUUGGUCAAAGGGCCCAAAGAAAUUCACCAAACUUUGGCAAACAUUUACAAAUCGUACCCUAAAGUUGUGAAAAUCUGGUUCGGACCAUGGUUAUACGUAAGUACCACCGAACCCAGCGACUUGAAAGUCAUUCUGACUCAUCACUUGGAUAAGGGAGAAUUUUAUGAAUUGAUGUCGGAAUAUUUUCGACGGGCUUUGGCUGCAGCUCCAGUUGAUUUGUGGAAAAAGCACCGCAAAAACAUUAACCCGACCUUCAAUACCACGAUUUUAAACACUUUUAUUGGCGCUUUUGCCAAACAAGCUGAAAUUUUGGUCAAGAACUUGGAAAAGUACCAAAGUGAUGAAGAUAUUUUUCCCAUCGUAUGGAAAUGCACACUUGACUCAGCCUGUGAGACUUUGGCCGAUGUUGACCCCAUUUUUAUAGACACUGAAGCGUGUUUAAGGCGGGUGUUUCGAAUUGAAGAAAUUCUGCUUGAGCGAUUCUUUAAUCCUUUGUGCCAUUUAAAUAUAUUAUGGAAAUUUUCACCGUUGCGGAAAGAACUGGCAGUACUUUGGAAACAAAACAGUACCUUCAUCACUCAAAUGAUUGAUAUAAUGAAACAAUCGGAUAAUUUGGACAAAAAGCGUUUCCUCAACCACUUAAUCCCCUCUCAUGACCUUAAUUACACAAUCGAGGAGGCUCAGAUCAUGUUUUUCGUUGGUACCGAAACAUCGGGCGUUGCCAUAAGUUCGGUUUUAUUAAUUUUGGGCAUGUUUCCCCAAAUCCAAGAAAAAAUUUUCAUUGAAAUUGACCAAGUUUUUGGUAGUACCACUGGUAGUACCCUCGACGAAAUCAACCAUUUGGACUAUUUGGAGCGCGUAAUUAAGGAAACGUUAAGAUUAUUACCCCCAAUCCCCUUCGUUAUGCGCUCCCUUGACGAAAACUUGAAACUAAGUUGUGGUACUUUCCCGGCCGGUUCGCGCGUAAUAGUACCCAUAAUGAUGGUACACAGAAGGGAAGAUUUUUGGCCGGAACCGUUAAAAUUUGACCCGGACCGGUUCCUUGAAGAACGGCCAUCUGGUACUUACAUACCGUUCAGUUACGGUACUAGGAAUUGUUUAGGUUAUAAGUACGCAAUGUUGUCCAUGAAAGUGAUUCUGGCGACGAUUUUAAGGAAGUACCGGGUCAAGUCAUCGAAUUAUAAAAGUAUAGAUGAGGUGGUACUACUUAUACAUAUCAUAGCCAAGGCCACAAAUGGCUAUAAAAUUGUUUUGGAGAAACGAAAUAAAUGAUUUUACGACUUGUUUUGGUUUUAUUUUAUGGUACUGUCACGAUUUUUGCAAUAUAUAAAGACAGAUAACAUUUAUUUGAGUCAAAGUUGCAACAAAAUGGGCAAGUUUUGUGUCAUUUGUUUGUUUGUUUUUGUGAAUGUUGCAUCAAGUCGUCUUACUUUGCGUAUGUUGGGUGGUGUGAACACCAAUGGUACCAUCCCGUACAUUGCUUCAAUUAAGCAUUUGAAAAAUAAUGAAGUGAUUAAGUCUUGUCUAGGGAGUGUUAUUUCAAAUCAAUGGGUACUAACGUCCGGUUUUUGCCUUUUGGGCGGGGAUCCAGAUACGAUUUUUGUAGAUGUUGGGGUUUAUAGCCACUCUGAUGUACCACCAAAACGGUAUAAAAGUACCCAAAUUGAGGUACAUCCCGACUUUGAUAGUACCACUGGUCAGAACGAUAUCGCUUUAAUACGAACCGAAUCAAACGUUUUGGUCGCGUCGAUUCAACUUGGUCACUUCUCCAAAAAUGUGAAAAAGUUGACAGCUUUUGGAUGGAACGAAAAUGAUAAAAACGAUUACUCGAAACCUGAACCGUACCACCUUGGCCGACUUGACCUUGAAAUUUUAUCAAUGGAAGAUUGCCAGAAAAAGUUUCAUUCGAGUGUUAAGUUGGAUGAGAAGCAGAUUUGUGGUUACGGUGGAAAGGGGAAAGACAUGUGUGGAGUUGAUUUUGGGGGUCCUUUAGUUGAUGGUACCGGAAGACAAGUUGGGGUUUUUAAUGAUGUGAUUUUUGCCGCUUCGGGGAAAAGCCACCAAUGUCAUUCGCAUCACAAUCAUCCGUUGGUUUUCACUAAAGUGGAGGCUUAUGCCAAGUGGAUUUGCGAAACUGCGAAUAUCUAUUUCUUCAAAUAAUUGCAAUAAAUAAGUUGUACUGAUAAA